AUGGCUUUAAAUGAAGAUCAAUUAGUGGAUUCUAAGAUGGAAAGAUCCAUCCCCCGGCCUCAUGGCUGCGCGGCGGACGCCAGCAGCAGUGCUAAUGUGUCCCACAGCUUAGCCCCACAGGAGUCCUUAUUUAAGACCACUGGGGUACUUGAGCAGGGUGAAUUCCUAAUAGGAAAACUGAAGGCUGAGACGCAGAGGACUUUCAAGCCACCACCGGGUGUGGAAGACAUCGUGGCUAUAAUGAUUCCUGAGCCCAAAGGGAAGGAGAUAGUAAGCCUGCUGGAAAGGAAUAUCACCGUGACCAUGUACAUCACCAUCGGAACCCGGAACUUGCAAAAAUAUGUGAGCCGCACAUCGGUUGUGUUUGUCUCCAUCUCCUUCAUUGUCCUGAUGAUCAUUUCCCUCGCAUGGCUGGUCUUUUAUUAUAUCCAGAGGUUUCGAUAUGCAAAUGCCAGGGACAGGAACCAGCGCCGACUGGGAGAUGCAGCAAAGAAAGCCAUCAGCAAGCUCCAGGUCAGGACCAUCAGGAAGGGCGACAAGGAAACAGAGUCUGAUUCUGAUAACUGUGCUGUCUGCAUCGAAGGGUACAAGCCCAAUGAUGUGGUGAGGAUCCUGCCCUGCCGGCAUCUUUUCCACAAGUCCUGUGUUGACCCCUGGCUCCUAGACCAUCGCACCUGUCCCAUGUGCAAGAUGAACAUUCUUAAAGCCCUAGGGAUCCCGCCCAAUGCCGACUGCAUGGACGACUUGCCCAUUGAUUUUGAGGGCUCUCUAGGAGGCCCACCAACCAAUCAGAUCACAGGCGCCAGUGAUACCACAGUAAACGAAAGCUCAGUCACUUUGGACCCUGCUGUGAGGACAGUGGGAGCCCUGCAGGUGAUCCAGGACCCAGACCCCACGCCCCAGGAAGGAGAAGCCAUCUUUACAACUAACAGUGACCAGGAGCCAGCAGUGAGCAGUGACUCCGACAUCUCAUUGAUUAUGGCACUGGAAGUGGGACUGUCCGAUGUAGAACUUUCCACUGACCAAGACUACGAAGAGGUGAAAUCUUGAAAUGGUAGAAACAGACAAAAGGAAACACAGGACCCAGGGGGACAAGAAGGAAGCAUGCUCCGAGACUUGAACUGGAUACACAGCCUUCAGCUCGCCAUGGCAACCCCAGAGCACUCUGUUCAAGGGUGGUAACGAAAGCAAUAUCCAAAGUCUGCAGAAUCAGGAUGCGGGUUCCCAUCUCUGCAACAAUCUGUGGCCUUGGUGUGGAAGUUGAAAGCUGGAUUCCUCCGUGUCAGCACAGACACGCAGCAGAAGGUCCUGCCGCAGGCUGGAAGGAGACCUUUACGGCUUCUUUCAGCUUCUCCCAUCUUCUUGUUCUUGUUUGGAGAAGAUGGUUUCAAUCCCUGGCAAUUUCUUUUUAAAGAUGAUGUGUAGUUUACAUCUAUUCCUUCGUUUUCCCUUUGAUUCACUCCAGCCUUGUACAGAGGUCCGUUUAGAAGUCCUGGUUGCUGCUCCAAUGAUCAGUUUGUACCACAUCUCCGAGAUUUAUAGUCAUGAGCUCUCAGUAUGAAGUGUGUAUGACUUCGAGAAUUGCCUCAGCACCCUGAAAUGGUGGAAGGCCGGAGUUUAUCAAGUGUCUAACUCCCUCCUCUAAGAGGGUCUUGACGAGCCCAGCUGUCAGAGACAGUGACGGCAAGUUCUGGAUCUGCUGAGUCCAUUGCUCAUUAUUUUCACCCACAUCACGUAGGGCCUCCACUUGCUGUGCUCUGUCUAGGGCCACCUUGGCAGAGAGAGCUAUCAGGGAA